CAUUGACACCAGCUGCAAUUUUGUGUAUAUCAUCUCCGAUGGCCGCAAGCUUCAGAUCUAAAAACGUCGAGUUCAUGAACAGAUCGAUGGAAUAGUUGUACCUUCCGCCAAAGAGAAAUUAAGUAAUCGUCCUCGGAUUUGCAAUAUUGCAAUAACAGCAAAAACUGAAACUCGUUCGAUAUAAAAUAGACGCGAUUGGUAUUCGAUCGUUAGUCACAUCAGACAAAAUGUUUGGUGCACUUGCAGCGUGUUUGGCUGUAUUGAUCGUCACUUCCACUGCAAGAAGAGCAAUUUAUGUUCGUGAAGCUGAAGUGCAAGACCAAAAUUCGGCAUCUACAGCAUACGCUUAUAAUUCAAAUUCGGGACCAGUGAGUUAUGCAUACUUUUCCAAAGGAUUUGGCGGAGAAAAUGUCAAUUUCCCUCAGUACUACGAGCCAUAUUAUCAAUUGUACGAACACCUAGGGUACAAUGUGCCUAAGCGCUAUGGUUACGGAGGCCUAGACGGAUACGUUUUACAUAAUGGCGAAGAUUACGGCGGAUCGCAUUUUCUACAACGUGGACAUGCUGGGCAAAAGGAAAACAACGCCCAAGAAAGCUACAACAAAGGAUCGCAAGGCAAACACGAUAAUGAAAACCAUAAGGGAUAUUACAACAACGAACGGGGUGACAAAAGUGGACAUCACGAAAGUGCGGAAAAGUUCAGUAACCAGAAUGAAGGCGGCAAGAGCUCUAAUGGGGGCAGUUAUAGUGUAUCUGGCGGUCACAGGAAGGGAUCUAAAACAACAGGUUAUCAUAAAGUUUAUAAAAAGAAUGAAUAUAAAAAGGACAACACUUUUUACGAUGAAUCAGACAAACGAGGUCAUUUUAAUAAAUAUGCAAACGCCGAUUCAUACCGCAAGGGAGAAAGUGGGGCACUUGAAAAGGGUGGACAUUAUGAUGCUGGCUUUCACGAAUCCAAGCAGGGUGAAAAUGGAGAUCAUGAUAAAGGCCAUUAUGAUGUUGUCGAUAGCAAGUUUAGCGAUCAACAGGGAAAAGAGGGAUAUCGAGAAAAUUAUUCCGGGUACGCCAAGGAUCGCAAAGAAAAUGAUGAAAACCUUUACGGGUAUAAGGAAGCUUAAUUUAACUGUCGAAUAAAUGAUAAAUCUAGUCGUACGUAAGUGUAUAGUUUACAUGGGAUAAUCCUUCAUAAGUUACUAAAGGCAAGAGUGUCACGCUAAGAAGAAAACUUCAGGAUGAAAUGAUGAAGCGGAAGCAUUUUCCUUUUAACCUUGAACGGAAAAUUACACCGUUGAAUAUUCAUAGAAGUUAAAAGUAGCGCCAUGCAUAUAAUUACUGUUUUAAUUAAAAGCCUGAUUAAGCUCCCUUUACAUGACUUGGUUUCUCCCCAAAUCUACUUAACAAAUGAUUCUUAACCGCCAGUUUACAUUUUGUCCAUGUAAAAGGCAAUCCUGAAAGGAACUUGUUUUUACAAGGAGUAGGUACUUCCGGAUGUAAAUAUUUGCAGGUAAAUGCAAAGUAAACACGUAGAUUAAACUCUUGAGUCUGUUGAAUUUGUAAUAAUGUUUGUCCAGCAAUGUAAAGUAAAUUUGUUAAUUAUGUAUAUUAUGUACU